AACCAUUUUCCGUCCAACCCAUCGCUGUUGACUGGUCCCUCUCAAAUGGCAGCUCCUAAUUUGGACCCGUCCCCUUUUUUUAUUUUCUUCUGUUCUCACGAAUGCAUUUUCUACGAUGAUAAAAACAUGACGUUAAUUGAUUAAUUCUUAGAGGCAGUGAGGGUCUGACGAUAGCUCGCUCAAUCAGGACAAAUACUGUGUGUGCGUGUGUGUUUGUGUUGAAACAUCCAUUGAUGGAUAAAAGUGGUGUACUCAUAGGGUCGGAGAUUCAUGGCUUCCACACCAUGGAAGAUUUGGACUUUCCCACUAUGAUAGAGGAAGCCAAAUCGAGAUGGCUCAGACCUAACGAGAUUCAUGCCGUACUCUCUAACUACAAGCGCUUCACUGUUUAUGUCAAACCCAUGAAUCUGCCAAGAAGCGGCACGGUUGUGUUGUUUGACCGUAAGAUGCUCCGGAAUUUUCGAAAAGAUGGUCAUAAAUGGAAGAAGAAGAAAGAUGGAAAAACUGUUAAAGAAGCUCAUGAACACUUGAAGGUUGGUAAUGAGGAAAGAAUUCAUGUUUACUAUGCACAUGGAGAAGACAACCCAACUUUUGUUCGCAGAUGUUACUGGCUACUCGACAAGUCGAUGGAACAUGUAGUCCUUGUGCAUUAUCGUGAAACUCAAGAGGUUUCUGCAGCCACACCUGUAAACUCCAAUUCUGGUUCUGCCGUAUCUGAACAACCUGCAUCUCAACAGUUGUUUGAAGAAUUUGAUUCUGCAGUAGCGCGAACACAUUAUGGUGCUGACAUGUCGCCUUUAGAGCGUAAUGAUAGUAUGACCAUUAAAAACCAUGAACAGAGACUUCAUGAGAUAAAUACGCUUGAAUGGGAUGAGCUUUUAGUCCCUGACGGUCCCCAGAAGCUGAAUUCAUUACAAGAAGGAAACAUUGCUGGCUUCGAGUUUCCAGGUCAAUAUCAGGCGAACAGUUGCAGAAUUAGUGACGAUGGCAUAAUAAGCAGUAAGGUUAACCCAGAUAUUUCAGCAAACAGUUUCUUUGGACAAGUUACCCACAAUAAUACCGCUAACCAUUGUAAUCCCAACACAAUACCCUACCAGGCAGUGGGUUCUGAAAUGAAAGUGAAUUCAAACAGUGUGGUGUCUGGACUAGAACAAUUAAAUUGUUCGCAAGCACAAGACAGUUUUGGUACAUGGAUGACUUACGCCAUUGCUGAUUCUCCGGAAUCAGUCGGUGAUCAGGUUAUGCAAUCCUCAAUGUUGGAUGGGCAUAAAUCGUUCACAUAUCCUAUGGUUGAUCAUCACCAUCCUCCACCUGGCCAGAUAUUCAAAAUAUCGGAUAUAUCACCUGCAUGGGCUCUUUCAACGGAAGUCACAAAGAUCUUGAUAGUUGGGUCUUUCAGUGAAGGAUUUCUACCCCGUGCGGACUCCCGAUUGUAUCUUACAUGUGGAGAUUCAAUUAUUGCAGUGGAACUUGUCCAAGCUGGAGUGUUCCGUUGUUUAGUUUCUUCUCAAACUCCUGGAUUAGUGAAUCUAUAUUUAACUAUUGAUGGGCAUACACCUAUUAGUGAAAUCAUGACUUUUGAAUUCCGCAAUCCAGCAAAGCCCAAUAAUGCAAUUUCAUAUGAAGAUAAGAAUGAUUGGGAAGUGUUCCAACUUCAGAUGAGGCUUGCACGUUUAUUGUUCUCAUCGUCCAAGGGCUUGUAUCUUUACUCCACUAAACUAUCCCCUAAUGCUUUAAGGGAAGCCAGAGCUUUUGCUCGUAAAACUAAACACGUCUCUGAAAGCUGGGGGGAGUUGAGCAAAAUGAUUCGUGAUGCCAAAAUUCCCUUUUCCGAUGCAAAAAAUAGACUAUUUGAGUUGACUUUACAGAAUCGACUUCACGAAUGGUUGAUAGAAAAAGUGGUGGCGGGGUGUAAAGUUUCUGAACGUGAUGAACAAGGUCAGGGCAUAAUUCACUUAUGUGCCAUCCUGGGUUAUACUUGGGCUGUGUACCCGUUUUCAUGGUCUGGUUUGUCGGUAGAUUAUCGGGACACAUAUGGAUGGACCGCUUUACAUUGGGCUGCAUGUUAUGGAAGGGAGAAAAUGGUGGCAACCCUAUUAUCAGUUGGGGCAAAGCCGAACUUAGUCACAGAUCCAACCCCACAAAUCCCCGGUGGAUGCACCGCUGCUGACCUGGCUUCCAAGAAUGGCUAUGACGGCUUAGCUGCUUAUCUUGCUGAGAAGGGUUUGGUUGCCCAAUUUAAUGAUAUGACGUUGGCAGGAAAUGUUAGCGGAUCACUACAGACCAACUCAAAUGACAUAAUUAACCCUGGGAAUUUCACUGAGGAGGAAUUGCAUCUGAAGGAUGCUCUUGCAGCUUACAGGACUGCUGCUGAUGCUGCCGCACGUAUUCAAACUGCUUUCAGAGAGCAUUCACUCAAGGUACGAACAAAAGCAGUUCAGUCGCUUGAUCCAGAGAUCGAAGCACGUAAUAUUGUUGCGGCUAUGAAGAUCCAACACGCUUUCCGAAACUAUGAGACGCGCAAAAAGAUGGCUGCUGCUGCUAGAAUACAAUACAGGUUUCGUACCUGGAAGAUACGCAAGGAUUUCCUUAACAUGCGGCGGCAAGCUAUUAAAAUUCAAGCUAUUUUCAGGGGUUACCAGGCGAGAAGGCAGUACCAAAAAAUUGUUUGGUCGGUUGGCGUCCUUGAGAAAGCUAUACUACGUUGGCGGCAGAAGAGGAAAGGCUUUCGUGGGCUUCAAGUUCAGCCCAAUGAAAUCCUUAAAGAACCAAAUCAAGAAAAUGACGUGGAAGAAGACUUCUUCCAAGCCAGCAGGAAACAAGCUGAGGAGCGUGUUGAGAGAUCGGUCGUGAAGGUUCAAGCGAUGUUUCGUUCAAAGCAGGCUCAGGAAGCGUACAGGAGGAUGAAAUUAGAACAUAGUAAAGCUGAGCUUGAAUAUGGAGGACUUUCCAAUCCCCAUGUCGAAAUGGGUUAAGAUAAGGCAAUAGAGGAAGAACUAUUUUCGAUUGGAAUAAUUCAUCCAGCGCAACUCAUUUGGGUCGUGUUUGGACCAGUGAAUUAGCGAUAAAAAUAAGAUUCCGACUGUAGUAGGCUUUUAUACAUUGUAUAUAACCGUGUGCAUACUUGUUAGGUCCUUUGUUUUCAUAGCCCUUGAACAAGUUAUAUACUAGUGUGAGUGUAGUUGCUGAUGUCCCUCGGAAAAAUGCUUUUUAGGUUUUUGAGUGCUAAUACUACUAUCUUUUUAAUUAUGUACCAGUUUGCCAUUUCUGUACAGAGAGGGAAAGAGGUAUUUGUGAAAAAACUUUCCCUGAAACUACUACAAACUGUGAAGUGUGAAGUUGGCCAUAAUGUUCUUAACUAGAUCUUUUGCCCCUUUAAUCUUCCGUACUUCACUUUGUUAGAAUGCUCAUGACAAAAGUUAGGGGAUGACUACAAUCCCGUAUGAUUCCGUUCAUUU